UGCUUGGAGCAGCUUCCUGCACGAAUGGGUGGACCCAUUGCUCGUAAAAGCUAGAGACCUAUAAAACUACGAGAGCUCAUAACAAUAAUAUAGGGUGGAUGAGAAUUAGAAUAUAGUGGCAUGGAUCACGCUUAUGCACAUCUUACAAUUUAACAAAGUUCUUUGUUUCUGUUUAACGUUUAUCUUGCUAUUCAGUCUCCUUGUUCUUCUUAGUGAACUACUCAUGUCAUUAAACUUGGUGAAGUUUAGUGAACUGGGUGAGGAAGAAGAUGGUGACAACACUCCUGAUUUGGAGUCUGUGAAGGCUUUGACAGCCAGGUUGAAGCUGCAGACUCGGAGGCCCUCCUACCAGGAAUGGGCGCUUAGGGUACAGGGGAGGCCAUGGAUGAAGAACCAAGGUGGAUCAUCAGAAGACAAGGUGGUCUCCAGCCAAGGAAAAUGUUCCCCUGUUGGCAGUGUGUGUGGAUUUGAGUCUAUGGAUAAAGCCCUGGAAUGGAUCAGGAAAGAGUUGAGAGAAAUAGAGGCUGCUGACCACCUGCUAGCCAGGCAACUCAUGCUCCUUCGAUCUCGGAUCUCACAGCUGAAGGUAGAGCAGGCCUGUGAGAGACACAAGGAGAUGCUUGAUGAUGCCACUUUUGAUCUGGAAGGCUGUGAUGAGGACUCAGACCUGUUGUGUAAUAUCCCUCCUCGAGCAGCUUUUACUCUCUCCACUCCUCUGAAACACAUUGGUGUAACGCGUAUGAAUAUCAACUCCAGACGCUUCUCUCUGUGCUAAGAGGGUACAACUGACAACAUGAGCAGGCUGGACUUGUGGCAGUUGGGCAAUUGUUCCUCCCACCAGCUGGUUCUAAUUCUACAAACAGGCUUGGUUUGAAGACCAAUUCAGACAAGCCUGUUUGAGGAGGCAGAGAUCCGCAGGGUCACUUAACUUGAUGUUACAUGAUUUUUAAAAAAAAAAAUGUUAUUGAAUAUUUAUUGUUCAAUAAACAUAAUAUCAAUAAACAACCGUUCGUAAAAGUAGAAA